CUUUCAUAGACAUACCUCCGCCGCCUGGGCGCAGCGCGUCGCCGCAUCCGCGCCCUGCAGGAGUCGGCUGGUCUCUGCCCUUUGAUCGGCUGACGAGCCAACAACCCGCCCCGCAUUUUCCGGGUUGGCUCGACUUUGAGUGAGCCAACGACAAGCGAUAUGGCAUCCCUCAUCCGCCUCGUCUGGCGACCGGGCCGGGCCGGAUGCGAAAAUGAAAUGCCACAUCCCGAAUCCAAAAAGCGGAUCGCUGCGGCCAAGGAUGACGGUGUUUCGCCCGAAGAUGGAGGUGAUGCCACCAUCGUCGACAACGGAUCGCCGUCUCCUUCCGGUUCAGAGCGGAGACGCCGCCGCCCAACCUUCACAACCCUCCCGCCAGAGAUCCAUCUUCUCAUUGCGGAGCAGCUCAUUUACCCGGAUGCUCUCUCGCUCAAGCACACCAACCGCUACUUUUACCAGCUCGUCGACACAGGGGUGGAGUUAAAAGUCGAAUGGUUGAUGGAGCGGCGGAUGCUUCACCUGGAAUGCCCGAGCCACCAUCGCUGUGACCUGGGCAGUGACCUGAGGUUCUGCCGGGGGAGCGUCAAGUUGCUUAUGGAACGGAGGAGAGAGCAUAUCGAGUGCGAGUCGCGGCCUGGGCUGGGCUGCCUGAUCUACGGCACCAGCACGUGUCCGCAGGCUAGGAAGCUCAAGACGCGGGCCAAGAAGUGGAUGCGGCUCCAUGCUGUAGAUCAGACGCGGUGGGCCAUGUUCCUGGUGUGGUUGAUACCACUCCUGAUCGGCUGGGUGUGGAUGGUCGGGGUCAUGGUGUUUUGACAGUUCGAGAGGGGGUCCAUUCGGGUUCGAGGUCGACUUUGUCAUGCGGUCGCCCUGGUGGCGGCGCAUUUUGUGGUUUCCUUUUUUUUUUUUUUUUUUUCCAGUAUCGCCUGGUCGUUGAGUGGGAGGAGAGACGCCCGGUCGCGCUCGACGUUAGCUGUGUGUAAGGACGAUGAUAACGGCGCUAUGUUGACGAUACACUUGUUUGAACUCUAAGUUCAAACAAUCACUGGAUAAUUAGGUAAUUUCCGGUUUCCGGAAGGUGUUAUUGUUGUUGUCUUAGGUAAAAUAAUAGUUGAGGUCUUCGGGGUGUGGGGGUCCCCUGAUUGUCUCAAGCUGUCUACCUUAGUAGUCAUUCAGGUAGUUAAUCAUAGUAAUUCACGAAUUAUCAAGCCAAAUAAAUUGGCACGGAGAGGUGCU